AUGUGGCGGCACCGGGCCGCAGCGGCCUUCGCUGUGGGGGUCGUACGCUGCGCAUCUCCGUUUUGCGGCGUCGGGAGCGCCGUUGGCUGUCGGCGUGUGCCUUUUGGAGAAGCAUGUAGGGAGGUGGACGACGCCGCUGCUGCUGCGCCGUCCUUUGUGCCCGCCUUGUGUGUGGCACGGCGUGGCGUGAAGCUCUCAAACCCGAGCGGCAAACAGGGCAGCCAGCACUACGGUGUCGAGCCGAAGCUGGAGGCAGGCAAAGAUGUACAGCUGAAGCACACCGAGAUGUAUGACGGCUACACAGAUGACUUUGGUGUGUUUAAGGAAGGUCCCCCCACGACGUUGCGACUAGAAUACGUGCGUUCCCCUGAGCAUGGCUACUCGCAACAGCUGCUCCAGAAAGACAUCUGGUCACCGUUCCAAGUCAAUGCCAACAUGAUGAUGUACACUCCGUUUUACUACGACUGGAAAGGGUUUGCGAGUCGGGAUUACUGGGGCCAUCGCAGCGGAACGAAUCCCGGCAGCAAAGUCUUGUUAGGGCACUAUCGACGGGUGGAAGAGCGAUCGUGGGGAUACCGUGUCAUGGUGAACCACAAACCACAGAAGCGUGUUCCAAAGUGGUUGGCGUGUGUGCUUCAUCUGCCGCGUAAAAAGACCUUUGUAGGAUUCUUCUUGUACGCCAAUGGGGCCUACGUGGCGGAGCUUCUCACGUAUAAGCAGUUGCCACGCAUCUGCUACAACAAGCCGUUUCAAGGAUGCAUGCCAACGAUUGGGCAGACUGUGGCGCUAAGCGAGGUGACAUAUGGUAAGGAGUUGCACUCUGUAGAGAUGUAUCCGGGCCACGGUGGGGUCAUUUGCCGUGCAAGUGGUACGGCGGCGGUGGUGUUGCGCGGUGCGGAGCCAAAUCUGGUCCCGCUUCUGCUUCCCUCGAAGGAGGUGCGCCUCUUUGAUAACAACUGCCACGCCGUCUUUGGCCGACGGGCGGGGGUGAUGUACCGCUAUCAGCGCAACUUUGGCAAGCGCAACGUCGAGGAAAACAUGCCACAUCGGCCAAAGGUGCACUCCAAGACGAAGCGCGUCUCGAGUCACCCUGCUGGGGGCGGCAAUGGAGGGUCGGCAAAUCUGCUUGUGCCACUUGACUGGCGCAUUCAUCCACGCAACUGCGUCAAGACAAAGUACUGGCUCUCCGGUUACAUUCUCCGUGGGCGGCAGUACAACAAGAGCCAGACGGUGGCAGAUAUUAAGUCUAAAACGUAUAGCUGGGCGAAUCGCGAUCCAGUGUAUCGUUAG